CCGGCAUAACGAGAGGGGUGGCGAAGAUUAGCAUGGGGGCGGAUGAUACAUUACGCGAUGAAGACGGUGGAGUUGCGGAGGAUUGCGAGGCGGACGACGGGGCCGGUAACGACGACGAGGAGGACGACGAGGACAUGGAGAUUCAUCCACUGGGGAGAAAGCGCGGAGGGUCGACGGCCGCGAAAAAGUUGCCUGAAACGCGCGCGGGGCGGAGGAGGAAGAAGGGUGUGGAAGAUGCGUCGGCUGGCGAGGGAUCGAAAAGCCGGGAUUUUUGGACCGUGGAGCACAUGAUUGCUCUCAUUCGGGCAAAAAGAGACCAGGAUUCGCAUCUUGCCGAUCUCGCGCACACCACGGGAAGGAUGAAGACGAAGACAUGGAAGUGGGACGACGUGGAGAAGAGGCUGGUGCACAUGGGGGUCAAGAGUAGAAAGGCCGUCGAUUGCGGGAAGAAAUGGGACAACCUGUACCAGCAAUUCAAAACCGUGCACAAGUUUAUGGGAGAAUCGGGGAAGCCAAAUUUCUUCACACUGACGCAUGGCGAGAGGAAGGAGCGGGGGUUCGAUUUCCGGAUGGAUGAGCGUGUGUAUUCGGAGAUGGCGGCGAUGACCAGGAGCGAUCACACCAUACACCCCACCAAUCUCGCCGACACCAGUGCGACUAGAGGUGUUCAAAUGCCGGGCCCACGCGAGGGUCGGAAUGAAUCCGGCGGUGGUGAGGGGGGCGGGGAUGGACAGGACGACGAUCAGGGGUCCACAAAGGAUUCUAUCAGCGGCGGUGGUGUUGGCGGGGGCAGCAAACGAAAGAAUGUGAGACAGCAGACCUUCGACACGAUUGCAGACGUCAUGAAGGAGCACAAGAGUGUGAUGGCGUCAACCGUGGACAGCGCGAGAAAGAGACAGUGCUCAAUUCUGACCAGGCAGUGCGACAUUCUGGAGCGAGAGGUUGAAGUGCAGAAGGAACACUACUUUAAGUCCGACCAGGCGAACUUGAUGAUGUGCGAAGCACUUAUGGAGAUUGCUAAAGCGAUCCGCAUGCCCUCACGGGGAGCCUCGGCGAGGGGCAGGAAAGAUGGCGGGGUGGGCAACGGUGGGGAAACCAACAAAGGCAGAGGCCACAUACUGAAGUCGAAAAGGCAGCGCAUCGAUGACGCGAGCUCCUCACAAACUGAGGACUUCCUCGCAGACGAAGUGGCUAUGGUGGACGCGCAAGGGACGACAGGGGUCGUGAGGUUGGGUUUCGGACGGGAUGGAGUGUCGAGGGAGCAGCUGCAAGCAGGGAGACGCAGCGUUGUUGGCGGUGCUGCCGGGACGGUGCCAAGGUCCCCAAACACGACAGGGGUUGUCGUCACGGCCGCGCGGGUCGCAGGACAAAUUUCGGCGGCGGCAGGCCAAGGUCAGCCACGUCAGCCACUCCCCCUGCAACACGUGUUGGCGACAGGGGGAGGGCACAUGGCGACCAUGCAAAAGGGCGACGCGACGGCUACCGCCAGUCGGACAGCGGCGGCAGACCACACAACUAAAGGCAGAGUCGUCGAAGGCGCGGAAAGGGUGGGGGUCGACGAUGUUGGCCGUGACGAUGGCCGAAGAGACGGAAAGCCGGAGGCCAAUGACGGCGACGACCGUCCACUUGUGCCGAGGGGGAAGGGAGCGCCGAAGGAGGACGAGCUGCAAGAGAAGGCCAAGUUGUGGGUUGAUUGCGACGCUUUCUGGGGUCAGGGCCCCGGGAAACCUCUGAGGGAGGCGGUAGGCGAAUGCACCGACUACUUCGUCGCCGUCGCCAACGGAGACGCAGGAGCUGAGCCGCCUUCGAUGCUCAUCAUGCCGCCGAACGAUGUGCCUCGCUUCAAGAUCGACGACCCGGCGCAGCGUGAACCGGCUCUCCGCAGAGCRAGCAGCGUGGAGAGAGUAGUGCUGCGCACCAUCCACGGUUGGAUCUUUAAAUCGCAGUCGAGGUGGACUGGCUUCUGUCGUGCAGAGUCCUACAUCACGGUCGACUUCGCCACGGACCUCGCAUGAGCAGUUUGGCAGGCCUUGGAAUG